AUGCCUGCCGAAGUCUCCGAUAUCAAGCAGUUCAUUGAGAUCUGCCGCCGGAAGGAUGCCUCCUCCGCCCGCAUCAAGAAGAACGGCAAGAACCAGCAGACCAAGUUCAAGGUCCGCUGCCACCGCAACCUUUACACCCUUGUCCUGAAGGACUCCGACAAGGCCGACAAGCUCAAGCAGAGCCUGCCCCCUGCCCUCAAGGUCGUCGAUGUCUCCAAGGGCACCAAGAAGACCAACUAA